UUUCAUUAUUAACAUCUUUUGCCACAAGGCCAGACGGCUAUAAAAGAAAAUCUGAUAGUGUAACUUAAUUGAGCAACGCAUGUAAAAUCCUGAUGGAGAAGCAGAUAUCAAGUUUAGUUACUCCCUUUGCCUUGAUCCUCUUGGUAUUCAUUCUACUCAAAGUUGCAAAAGUUUUCAGAAAUGAUAAAUCAAAACUUCCUCCAGGGCCUAGGCAACUGCCUUUUAUCGGAAACAUCCACCAGCUGGUUAGUUCACUGCCGCAUCACAUCCUCAAGGACUUAGCCAACAAGUAUGGUCCCCUGAUGUCCCUAAAGCUUGGUGAAGUUUCUGUUUUUGUUGUUUCUUCUCCAGAAAUUGCCCAUGACAUGAUGAAAACACACGAUCUCAACUUCGUUCAAAGACCAUAUUCACUUUCUACAGAUAUUCUUUCUUACCACUCUUCCAACAUUGCCUCUUCUCCCUAUGGUGAUUACUGGAGACAGAUGCGAAGAAUCUGUACUCUGGAGAUUUUCAGUUCAAAAAGUGUGCACAAGUUCCGAUCCAUCAGGGAAGAGGAGGUCUUGAAUUUCAUUAAUUCAGUUUCUCAGAACAAGGGAUUACCAAUCAAUCUUAGCAAAGAGCUUUUCUCACUUACAAGUGGAAUCACAGCAAGAGCUGCUUUUGGUAAAAGAAUUAACGACAGUCAAGUAUUUGCUAUGACCUUAAAGGAAAUGUUAGAGUUGUCAGCAGGUUUUAGUGUUGCUGACAUGUACCCUUCACUAAAAGUUCUUCAUGUGAUCAGUGGACUUCGGAAGAGACUAGAGAAGGUGCAUAAAGAUAUGGAUAAAGUACUUGCACGCGUUAUGACUGAACAUAGAGACAGAAACAGAGAAGCGGAUCCUCAAGACUUAGUUGACGUUCUUCUAAAAACUCAAAAGGAUGAAUUCAUUACCCCUCCUCUGACUGACAACAACAUCAAAGCGGUCAUCUUAGAUGUUAUUUCUGGUGGUAGUGAAACUUCAUCCAUAACUAUAGAUUGGGCAAUGUCCGAGAUGCUGAAGAAUCCAAAAGUGAUGGAAAGAGCACAGGCAGAGAUACGAAAGGUGUGUGAGGGAAAAGAAAAUAUCGACGAAACAAUGCUUCAUGAACUAAGCUACUUAAAACAGGUGAUCAAGGAAACACUAAGACUACACCCUGCUGCACCCCUGUUAGUUGCAAGAGAAUGCAGAGAACAGUGUCAACUUCAUGGCUACGACGUACCUGUCAAGACCAAGAUUGUUGUCAACGCAUGGGCGAUUGGAAGAGAUCCAAGAUUUUGGGCUGAUCCUGACACCUUUGAUCCACAAAGAUUUGAAGAUAGCUCAGUUGAAUUUAAGGGAACAAACUUUGAGUACAUACCAUUUGGCGCGGGUAGAAGAAUUUGUCCAGGAAUGUUGUUUGCAUUACCUAUGAUUGAGUUGCCACUCGCGCAAAUGUUGUAUCGUUUUGAUUGGAAACUCCCUGAGGGACUAAAGAAUGAAGAGCUAGACAUGAGUGAGGCCUAUGGCAUCACAGCUGGCAGAAAACAUGAUCUGUAUGUUAUUCCUGUCGCGUAUACUCCUCAGAAGGCGUAAGCACUAAAAUUCCAUAUUUACUAGCAGUGUAAGAUGUCUGGAGUAUAAUGUUAAUUCCUCAGGAGCACUUGACAGAAUAAGUUCAUGUACUUUAGUACACUAAAGAACAUCCUAGAGGAAAAACAGCAGCAGUGAACAUUUUAAUACAUGGUAUCGACAUCUUCUUCAUUGUAUUGUAUGAUGAAUGGUUUAUAUAGAUGAGGCCCAAUUCUACUAGAAA